CGACACAACCCCCAACGAGCUACCCCAUCGUGCCGCGUGGUUGCGCUCUUCACUCCAGGCUCGACCAGCCGGUGACCAGUUCUUCAACCGGCAUGGACAAUAAAAAAAAUGUGCAGGCGUCGUCGUCGCCUGCAUCAGUUCAGGUCCGUAACAAAGGCGGAGGCGAUGGGACGGCAUCGAUAUCAGGGAGUCGUAGAAGAAGUGGCCCCCAAGGAUUACGAUCCCCAGCAGCAAAACGGCCACUUUCCGCCCCGGUGGCCCUUCAGGGCUGGCUCCACAAACAGGGUUCCGAGGGCCUUAUGCUCUGGAAAAAAAGAUGGUUCGUCCUCUCCGAAUACUGCCUCUUUUAUUACAAAGGUCCAGAGGAAGAAAAACUCCUGGGCUCGAUUCUCUUGCCAUCUUACAGGGUGACAGUGUGCAGACCAGAGGACAAAGUGACCAAGAAAUUCGCUUUUAAGGCCGAGCAUGCGAACAUGAGAACCUAUCAUUUCGCAGCUGAUACCAGAGAGAUUAUGAACCAAUGGGUCAACGCCUUAACUCUUGCUUCCCUGCUUCAAGAUCCUAAUCCAAGAGGAGGUGAGGCAUCAUCGCCCCUGGACAAUGCAGGACCAGCAGAUGGCGAUCGCAGCGCCAGACCAAGUGUCUCCUCAAUCUCGUCAAUUUUGAACCAAAGUGCCGACGAUAGCGAUUCCGGUUUUCAUGGCUUCCAGUCUCGAGAUGAUCCCAGUCACACUUCCAACAACAACUCGAGUCCAAACAGUGUAAACACCGCCUCCUUUCCCAACCUGAGUAACAACGGGAAUGAGCUUGGAAGUGGGAACUUAAAUAUAAAUUUGAAUCCGAAUUUAAAUCAAAAUGGGAACAACAACGGACCAAGUGAAGCUCAACCACAGCCAAUGGUGAACGGUUGGAUGCAGCAGUCAUCUCAGUACGGACAACCAGGACCUUCCCAACAAUAUGGUCAAUUUCAGAUGCAAAUGGGCCAUUCUCAUCAGCACCCGGCUCUUCUACAUCAGCACCAACUUCAACACCUACCUCAACCUCAUCUUCAAUCCCACUCCCAAACUCUUCAAUCUCACUCCCAAGUUCUCCAGUCACACUCCCAAGUUCUUCAAUCUCACUCCCAAACUCUCCAAUCCCACCAAGUUCUUCAAUCCCACUCUCAGGUCGUUCAAACUCAUCAGGUCGUUCAAACACAUUCCCAACCAGUUCACAAUCAGCACCCAGUUUCACCUCAACAACCUGGACCCAGCAACAGCACUGUCCACACUGUUCAGCCAAUGCCAAGAAAUUAUGGCCAGCCAGUUUAUGUGAACACACCCCCGAAACCCAGGAGACUGACUGAAGAUUCCCAAAAUUACUCUCCAUCGCCUGAUCCCGAUUUCCGAAAGUCCCCGGUGUCGCCUGAUGUGAGAAAGAUGAGCAAAAGUCCGAUAGACUAUGAGAGAAGUAGCGCCCAUUAUGGGACGAGAGGAGCACCUCAACAACAGUCGAUCAGAACUGACAAGUCGGGCUUGAAUUACGGAAUAAAUUACAGUCAGGAGAGGCGAACACCCGAUAAUUAUGGAAGGAGUGCGAAACCCAGGUCUGGGAGGGGAAAUGGAGACUAUGAGGAUGUCUAUGGAGCUCCUCAGCUUUAUCAGAGACCUGCUGGUCCUGUUGGGUAUACCAAAGCACCUGCUCCAGCACCCAUUCCGAUUCCGGUCUACGCGCAGCAGGUUCCGCAUCAGCAAGUUUCGCAACAGAUAGUUUACAGUGUCUCACCUCAAGUUGCUCCGGUUCCGGUAAUGAGACAACCGAGAGUGCAACCGCCUCCUCGGCCUCACAGUGCGGAUUUCCUCGAAUACGAAGCGAAUCGAAGACCUGAUGAGCAAACUCCCGUUCAGUCAGGUAGUCUUCAAAAUCAACCCAGAAGACCGCAGAGGCCCAAGUCGAGUUUGGAUAUAGUUAAUCCCUCUGAUACUCUCACCAACGACAACUAUUUCUACUCUGAGGAGAGAUACGCAGCUCAAAUGCGACAAAGUGCUGUUUAUAUUCACCAAACACCUCAGCAACAUCAACAACAAAGGAACCAAUCACUCUCGAGAGCAACGACGCCUUCCAAAUCGACAAAUAGAGAUCGAGAUAUCGAAUCUGGGAUCGGAACCCUUUCCGAAAAUUCCUUUUCUGGCAACAGAAGGUCGAAAGGAGAACAGAUACUUCCGCCACAAAUCUUUAACAAUCAAUCUUUGCAGCGGCAUAACGACCUGGCGAGUAACGAGGCACUUUUGAGGCGAUCUUUGCGAGAGAGAAGCUACGAUCCGAGUGGCGUGACGAGUCGCGAGAUGCUGAUUCAUAAUGAAAGCGGAACCGUCCCGAGAAGGAUGCCGCCGCGUGAGUAUAACGACUCGUCCUCGAUGGGAGGAGCCACGUCUCGGCCGACAGGUCUCGCGAGUAGUCACAUGGCCAAUCACGCUUACGCGAGCCCAGCCCCCGCGGCCUGCCAUACCGGGCCCAGACGCUGGAAUGAGCAGCAACAGUUCUCUAGGUCGGCAUCAGCUCGACUACCGCGCACGAGACACCCGACUGUCGAUCAGGACGACGACGACGAUUAUGGUGAAAGGUCGUCCAAUAACGAGUCGCGGGAUGGAGAACGCAAAAUUCAACAGCGUGAGGAGUCGAUGAAGCGUCUUCUCGAGUGGAAGCAGCGUAUGCUGCAGUCGCCACUGACACGGAAACCCUCUGGCUCGGCGACGAGAGGAACCGCUCAAACUGAGCUGUCGAGUUUCUACAAACAGCAAGCGCUCCUCGACUUGGCAGCUCACGAGGCUUCCGUCGCAGAAGCUCGCCACUCCGGCAGACGAAGAGACGAGACUCAUCGGCCUCAUGCGAGGAGCAAAAGUUCAGACGGCAGAAGAUCAGUGACAAACGUUUCCCGUUACAACAGUUACUCCAGCGAUGACGAAGCAUCUCAAUCAGGAUCGGUGAUUGGUCGGGAUCCACUUCCGUCUAGAGCUGUCAGCACUUCUCAGCUUCCGCAGAAAACGCUAACUCAGUCACCACCAACACACAUUUCAACACUUCCGCUUCCGCGGAGCAGUGGGGUUGCUCAUCGUCAGCAACCACUUCCGGUUCACCAAUCGACAUUACAAUCCACAAAACAAGAUCAUAUGAACCUGAAUAAUUCCCAGGCAUUAAAAGCUGCCAGUAGUGGGGAUGUUCGACUCAAUUCGACUUUUGAAUCCAGAAUUUCAUCACCGAGUGGUCACUCUUCCCAACGAUUGGUCAGUCCUUCCUCACAUUUGAGGGUAAUUUCACCAAUCGAUCAUCGAGUUUCCAGCCCAAGUGAUAGUGAUAGGCAAUUACACAGCCCGAGCGAGAGAAGUAUGACCAGUCCAUUGAGAAGAGAAGUGGAUCGAGGUGGAGGCGAUUUGAGACAAAUCCAAAGAGUCCGAGAAUGCAUCGAACUUUUACAUAAGCGGAACAACAUAAAUUCGAGGAGAUCCGGAAGAGGAAAAUCGACCGGAAGCGGAAGUCUAGUCCAGGUAUCAGCUGGAGAACUUUUGGGACGAACUCACGAGGAAUUGGUCCUUUUACUGAUCCAGCUGCGACGGCAAAGUGCCACCUUAUGCAAAGCAAUGGAGAAUUGUCACAUGGAAAUUGAGGCUCAGGCCAGAUUGGUUGAACUUGAUACUCCGAGUCGUCUGGAGAAUCUACAAAAACAGGAGAAGCUGGAGAAACAUCUAAUGGAUCUUGAAAAAGAGUAUGAAAAAGGAAAACCGCUGGAAAAUUUGGUGGCCAAUAUGUUGAAAUUGGGAUCACUUUAUAAUCGAAGUGCUGGGAAUGGAAGUGUCUCUGGUUCUCGACACGAUCUUCUUCAAGAAAAUAGGGAGCACCGAGAUAGACUCGAAUUUAAUCAAAGAGUCGAAGAACAACGACUUUUGGCUCAGGAAAGGAGAGAUUGGGAUCGACUUAGUCCGGAUCAUGGUCAACUCCAGGCAAAGGUGCAGCAACUUUAUAAAACAGACCGGUUGCUCCAGGAAGAAUCUGGAACGGUUCACAGUCUUCAACAAGACAAGGAGAUUUUGCAGAAGGCUCUUGAGAGUUUACGGUACAAAUUGCAAGGCACUAGAAACAACCCAGCAGAAGUGGAACAUUACCGAAUGCAACAACUCCUUCUGGAAAGGGAACUGAGCAAAGUGAGAAUGUUGCUGGCUCGUCAUUCCAAGAAACUCGAAGAAACAGUUGCGGAAAAUGAUCGCCUUGAGCAGGAUCUGGUGGUAUUGAGGCAAAAGCUUCAGCCCUCGAGAAGGUACGUGGGAAAUCUCCCUCGAGAAUCGACGGGAACAACCGCAGCUUGGGAGGCGGAAUUAGCACAGCAACACGUGAGCGAUCUCAAGAGACAGAGGCAGGAACUGAGCAACCAAAUUCGACAACUCAAGGAGCAAAUUAGACCACAGUCAUCAGCAACGCCUCAGGUGCAUCACUCGAAGAAACGCACAGGGAGUUCCUGGCUCGAAACAGAUUUGGACUCAGGAAUAACUCGGGACCAUGGACUCGAUUAUUCGCCUUCAAGUCCAGCUCUUUCCUCAUCUCCUCACAGCAGCCAUCAUUCUCAAUCCCCUCAGUACAAAGACUCAACAAUGCCGUACAAGGAUGCCUAUCGUUAUUCACCACCUCGACAACCUCAACAAAUCCAGCAGCAGCAACAUCAGCAGCAACAUUCGCCUCAGAAUCACAUUUCAGCUUUGACACCCCAACUUCGAGAACAAAUUCAACAACAUCAACUUAAACAGCAAUUGCUCAAGGAUCAAAUUCAGGGAAAGGGCAGUCCCAUUCAGAAUAAUGUUCCCUUGUACGUCAAUACUGAUCUCAGGAGACAAGAUGAAAAUAAGCACUACGAAAGUUCGACGAAUGGACCAAUUCCUCCGGAAUACAUUCCUCCUCCACCUCCACCACCUCCAAAUGAAGAAGCUUUGCUGAUGAAUGGAAAUUACGGACAGGAGGAUAAUAAGUUUUCGGGAUUGAUGCAUAAUAGAGAGAAACAGGAGAUCAAGACAGUGAGGAUUGUGAAGAGGGAAUCUGAGAGGAGACAGAGAGAUCGUGGCGACAGAACAGGACUGGGGAUUCCUCUCAUGAAUGGAUUGGUAGCUCCUGGAGGAGCCAAGAGACUCGGUGAAGAUGAAUUCGGAGGAUCUCAGCAAUUUGAGAAGGCGCAAUUGGGGAGAGUAAUUGAAGAGUCGCCAAUAUCCCACGCUCAAAGUACAGUUCAGUUAUCCGAAAUUGACGAAGUCCAAUUCCAGAGAAGCAUGUCCUUACCGAGAGGAUUUGGUGGACAACGUCCUCAUCCGGCAGUUCAUCAAGUCCCUGUCCUUCCACCUCCAAGGAGCGACAGCAUGAACGCCCUCAAAAAUAUGAUGGCUCGUCGCCACAGAGUCAGGUUUGAGAACCAGGAUGGAAGUUCCGACAGCACACUUUCGCCUCACACCGAAAGUCCCUCAUCCAGUUCUUACGUUCCGAUGAGCUCGCCAAAUUACUCAACGAGUCCACCUUACAGUCCGAAUCAGCAAAAUUACCAUGCGCAAAAUUACCAAGCGCCAAUUUACCAAGCGCCAAAUUACCAAGCGCCAAAUUACCAAGCGCCAAAUUACCAAGCGCCAAUUUACCAAGCGCAAAAUUACCAGAUAAGGAACCCAAAUCCGCAAAAUCCGCACCAGCAAGUGCAAUAUUAUCCACAGUACGGAUCGACAUUCGGCGGCUCGAUGUCGUCGAUCAAGUCGGAAAGUCUUGGCGGGAUUUUGAGUCCUGGUCCUAUUUCCCCGAUUUCUUUGACUUCUCCGAUGUCUCCCGUUUCACCGACGACUCUUACAUGUCAUGAGAGACUUUUUGGUUCUGUUGCGAGCAUUAACAGUAUUCAAGAGUCUCCGCAAUUGUCGCCGAUAUUUAAAAGCGAGGCGGCGAAACAAAUCAUCAAGGAGAUGGCUCAGAAAAAACCGGAUGGCCCGAGGAGAAGACAAGUUCCGAGGGAAAAGAGGAGACACUACACUGUCUCGAGUAUCAAGCCUGUUUUUGAUUUGGAGGACACCAUCUCCAAAAUGGGAAUGGGAAGAGCGAGAGACGAUUUGGACAUGGAAAGAGCCCUCAGGCCGAGAAUAAAUGCUCCAGAUGUUGUGAGAUCGACCUUAAGCCACAAGGAAUUAAAAUACAAUGAAAGUACGAUCGAUCAGCUUUUGGGAACGCCGAACAAAAUUAUCAUUCCGGAACGUUAUAUUCCCGAAAAGACACCAGAGCUGACUGCAGAGGAAAGAGAACAGAGGCUCAAAAAAGUAGAAUCCAUAAGAAAAAUGCUUUCUGAAACUGGAGUAACGGCCCCGGAAGGUGGAGAAGAUGAGAAAAAUGUUGAAAAAUCGGACACUCUGAAGCGAAAAGUCGCUGAGGAAAAGAGACAGCGGGAACAUAUCCUUCAACUUAAUCAAAUUUUGGCAAAACAAGUGAUGGAGAAGAGCAAAAUGGUGGCUGUGAAGGCCUUGGCGACUCUUCCGCUGGAUCCAGAUUCUCGUUUUGAUGACGAUGAUCUCUCGCCAAUCACACCUUUGCCGCUCUAUCAACAGAGGGAAAAUUUCUUCUCCUAGGUGAAGAAAAAAAUGUAUAAAAAAUGAUUUAAAAGAUCCUUAAUCGACAAAAAUGUAUCCAGAAUUUCUCUGCUUUCGAAAAAACUCGUAAAUUCGAUAGAGAAAGUUUUUUAACUUAAUUUUAAGUUCAAAAUUCAAACGCUUUUAGAUUUUAAAAUCUAAAAAAUUAACGAAUUUUAUUUCGAAAAUUUGCGAUUACAGUUCAUCGUACACUUCCAAAACUCGAAAUUUCUUUCCCUGAAAGAAAUUUUGACAUAUAAAAUUAGAAAGAAAAAGUUUAUCAACUUUUGAUUAGGAAUAAUUAUUAAAUAAAUUAAAUAAUCUUAAGGUUUAUCACUAACAGUUAAUCAUUAACAGCUGAAGUUUUAACCAAAGUCGGGUUGCAAGAAGCGUGAAUGAAAAAGAAAUUAGUAUAAAAAUCAGAUUUCGGUGUGACUGUAGAUUAGAUUUUAAUCCAAUAAUUAUAAAAUUAAUUAAUAUAUUAAUUAAAGUUACUCUUCAUUAAGUGCCAAACUCGUUACUUUUUUGACGAGCAAAUUAAAAGAGGCGUCAAUUACUUAAAACUAAAUCUAGAUUCGAAAUUUACUAAAGUAAUUUUAUUAUUAAAUUAAAUUAUACUUUAAGGAUUUAGCCAUUCGGAAUAAAAAUCAGGGUCAGAAAGAACGAGUGGCUUUAGAUUUAGAUUUAAAUUUAAAUUUGGAUUUAAAAAAGAGACUGAAAUUAACGAAAGUCUGAAAUUUUUUGGAAACCUUUUUCGUGGCUGAAAGUAUUUUUAGUAUUUCAAAAUUAUUUUUAAGAAAUGAAAAAAUGUUUUAUAUCUAAAGCCAAUCGCUUUCUUCGAAAGUAACUAAAUUGUCACUAAUGUUAUUCAGCACUUUUUUCCCCAUCACUGUAGCUUUUUGUAAAUUAAGUCAAUAAUAAUAAUAAAUUACACGUAACUUUUCAAGUUUAGAAUUCAGAGUCUGCUUGGAAAAAUAAAAAUCAGAAUUCUAAAAUAUUUUCCAAGUGGAUUCUUAGAUUUCUAGUAAGUGUCUCUACGUUCUAUUUUUCUCGCUUUUUUCAUAUUUUGUCGAUUGGCCUUUAAACGCCAAUGACUUCGGUACAGCUUUAAAGAAGUAAAAUCCAUAAUAUCAGAGUGAUAAUCUUAGAAAUUUAAAUUUAAUUAGUUCUAAGCUAGAUUUUACUCUUGAUAAGCAAAGUCGAUACAAAAAGAACAAAAAACUGCAAAUUUUAAAAGUGUACGAUGAAAAAAAACCUGUUUGUUUUUGUUUUUUUUUUCUGUGAAGAGCGUAAUUACAAAUUUAUUCAAUAAUCAGAAAUGAUUUUUUUCGAAUUAUUUCCUGCAUUUUAGACAAUAACGGACGGCAUAAUCGAUCAAGGUAGUAUAGCUAAGAGGGUUACGACGACACUUACCGACCGAGCAAGGUUCUGUUCUAGGCUGAGUUACCGACAUUUGGGGUUACCCAAAGUCGGUUAUGUAGAUUUCUGACAUUUUCUUAAAAAGACAUAUUACUUGGCUGCAGAUUCUACUGUUUUGAUGCAAAAUCGUAUUUUUGGAUUAAAAAUUGAGAUCUUUUCGUAAAACAUUAACUCCUUUUAUUUGAAAUUCAUAUUUUCUUGCUGAUAA